AUGGACAAGGCCAAAGAACGCAUCAACUCGAUUGCAAAGCACAUAAGCUCGGCCAAUAAGGACGAGAAGGAUUCUGCUGCUCCCAAUGUCCUAGAAGCAGCUGUAACGACAACACAAACUCCAGCGAAACGCAAACUGGCUCUCGCAGCUGAGAAGCAGAAAAGGGAGUCUUGGGCCGAUGCUGUUGAAGAACUCGAAACACGACGCAAACUAGCUGCGGUCCUUAACGAAGAAGACCCAGGAAUACAAAGACAGAGAUUGCAAGGCAAACUCACUGCCAGAGAACGUGUAGCUUUGAUUUUGGAUGCUGGUAGUUUGCGUGAAUGGGGUUCUACAGCUGGGAAAGCAAUUCGAGAUCCAAAGACUGGCAAGCUUAAAGAGUUUGUGAGAGCAAACUUCGUGGCUGGAAGAGGCAAGAUUCGAGGGAAGGACGUGAUUGUUGGUGCUGAUGAUUUUUCUGUUCGUGGUGGACAUGCUGAUGGUGGAAUCGCUAGAAAGUCGCUUUACACGGAGCAAAUGGCAAUUGAACUCCGUUUGCCGUUGAUAAGAUUAUUGGACGGCAGUUCUGGAGGUGGAUCCGUGACCACAUACUUGAGUACUGGACGCACGUAUAUUCCUGCUAUGUCUUCAGUCAGUAUCAUGAACAGACUUCUGAAGAUUUCUCCAGUUGGAGCUUGUAUUUUGGGCCCUGCAGUUGGAGCUGGUGCAGCACGAGCCACGCUUACUCACUUCGUAGUAGCGGUUGCUGGAUUGAGUCAACUUUUCGCUGCAGGUCCACCAGUCGUCCAAUACGCAACGUUUGAAACCGUUACCAAGGAAGAACUUGGUGGUUCUCAUAUCAUGGGUGCUAACGGCACAUUUGAUAACAUUGUUGGUUCUGAACUCGAAGCCUUCGAAACCAUGGCCAAAUGGUUGUCGUACCUUCCAACCAAUAGGCACGAGCUACCGGCUCGAAUCGCUCCUCCAAAAGCUAUUCCAGAUCAAUCCGUACUCCUCAACGCAAUCCCCAAAAAGAGACAACGACAAUACGAUCCUCGAACAGCCUACUUGUCAACCAUCAUGGAUCCCAACACAUUCUUUGAGAUUGGAACACACUGGGGUAACGAUCUCAUAACUGGAUUUGCUCGUCUCGAUGGAUGGUCUGUGGGUGUGAUUGCCGGUGAUCCACGAUUCAAUGGAGGAGCCACUUCCGCUGCUGCUUGUCACAAAGUGAACCGCUUCGUUCAAAUUUGUGACCAGUUCAACCUUCCUAUCUGCAACUUCAACGAUUGUCCAGGAUUUGCUGUUGGAACCAAGGCCGAAGCUGCCGGGACAAUUCGUGCUGGUUCAAGACUAGCAGUCACAGUAUACGAUUCGACCGUCCCAUGGUAUACGGUUAUUGUUAGACGGUUGUAUGGUGUUGCUGGUGCCAUUUUGGGAUGUCGUGGUGACGGUAACGUCGAAGGCGGAGGCAUAAACGUACGUUGCGCAUGGCCGUCCGCAGAAUGGGGAUCUCUUCCACUAGAGGGUGGUAUUGAAGCUGCAUACAAGAAAGAUUUGAUCAAGGAUCCUUCACUUCGAGAACGAUUGUUGGAACAGUUCAGAGAAGUUGCGUCUCCAUUCUUGACUGCUGAGGCAUUUGAUAUUGAAGAAAUGGUUUCACCGGCUGAUACGCGCGAACUGAUGGUUGAAUGGGUCAACUUGGUUUACAAGUAUAGAUUGCCUGAGCGUUUAGCUAAAGGUGGAAGCACUAUGACCUAUGCGCCUUAA